CAGACAAUGUCAUUUUUGGGGGGUGUUCCUCAUUUUGCCUCUCAUAUUUUGAGGUAUACCUUUGAUGAAAAUAACAGCCCUCUCUCAUCUUUUUAUGUGGGGAACACUUGUACAGUUGGUGACUGACUCUAUACUUUAUUGCCUCACUGUAACCACGCCCACAGCUCAAACCCACGUGGAGCUCCUGCGGUUCAUCAGUGGUCUGGAUGGAUGGAAGGAUGGAUGCGUCAGUGUUUAUGACAGACCAAAGGUUGGUGCGGCAGGCGGAUGUUUGCGCUCAUCUGUAACAGGAAGCCUGAACGGUUUCCAUCAUGUCUUUCAAUAAGGAUCUCUCAGAUGAUUUGGCUUUGGAGCUGACAUGCCCCAUAUGCUUACUGCUGUUCAACCAGCCUGUAUCUCUGCCCUGUGGUCACAUCUACUGCCUUGCCUGCCUUCAGGCCAUGGGAGAAGGCAUUGACCAGCACAGAUGCCCUGAGUGUCAGGUGGAGUACCAGGAAACCGAGAACCUUGUGAGAAACUUCAAGAUGUGCAGCAUCGUAGAAAGGUACAAAACGUCUGUCGAGAAGACGGUGCACGCUCCAGACCCAUCAGACUCUGCAGACCUUCACAAACCAGGGCAAAGUCAGGAAGAAAACGAGACUCUGGACGAGCUCACAGUGGGUUCUGAGCUGCUUUUAGGGGAAAAUGAAGGCAGCAAAGCCAACAACGAAAUGAAAGAACCCAAGUUUAAACUGGCCUCCCAAGUCACAGAGCUGCACCUCAAAUUGGAGAUGGCUGAUAGUGUUUUGAAGAAAGAGAAGGAGCUGGAGUUGGAGGUGAUCACAGCCAAUUCUUACCUGAGGGAAACAACUGCAAAACUGCUGGGACAAAUAAAGGACUUGGCUCAGAGAUACGGGGAUCAGGUGACUCAGAUGGUCGAGGAAGAGUUGGGUCCAAGUGAGGCUUCCGCGCACAGACGAGUCAGUCAAGCUACUGAGGUGACUAAGGAGCUGCGGCAGACUGUGCUCAGAGCAGAGUCGCUGCUGACCGAAGAGGACGAGACUGCCUUUAAUGGAGAACUCAGUAGCUUACAACCGUACAUUAUGGAGCUUCUGGCAAAACCGGAGCCAGAGAAUGAAGACUGUGCCGAGUCAAGAAUCAACCCGGGACGGGCUUGUUCCAAGUUGGAAAACAUGAACGAUGAGCUGAGGAAAAGUCUGGCAGAGGUUCAGCGCUCCCUUCGCAACAGCCUCAACCCGUCAGAGGUGACCUUUGACCCUGAAACCGCCCACCCUAACCUCCUCCUCUCAGACGACUUGAAAACGGUGACUUUCAGUCCCGUCAAGCAGCCCUACCCCUCCUGCCCUCAGAGGUUUACCAGCUUCUUCCAGGUCCUCAGCACUCAAAGCUUCUUUGGAGGUGAACACAGCUGGGAGGUGGAGCUUGAGGGCUCUCCGUGGAUCGUAGGCGUGUGCUGCAGUGAGAAGCUGGCGCGCUGUGGUCUACCAUCUGCCCUGGAGAGCAGCCGCAGCUCCUGGUGUCUGAUGUGGUUCAACAACCUGCUGACGGCCUUUGAGCAAAGUCACGGCGUUCCUCUGAAGAAGACCACAGUGUCACGCCGGCUGGAGAUCAAGCUGAGCUUCAAGACUCACCGGCUGAGCUUCUACAACAUCAGCCCCACCACGGGAAAAACUCAUAUCUAUACAUUCAAAGCUAAACUGACUGAACCCGUGCAUGUGGCCUACAGGAUGAUGUCAGGGCACCCCAAAGCUCGUGUCACUAUUUGUUCAUAGUCAGAACUGGUUGAACAGGAUAAAGAUCAGAGCUUUUUAAUUAGGUUUUGAUUUUUACAAGAAGCCUCAGGAAUUCUUUAGAACUUAUUUAACUAGAAAAGUUGCACUACCUGCGAUAAUGCCAGUGUGAAUGCUUUAUGCUGUAAGUAGUCGCUAAAGAAGCUUAAGCUUUUUGCUGAAUAUGGUGACGCAAUUGACUUUAAUUGCUUAAGGGAUUUGCUGAAAAUGUUAAAGCUAUUUGCAACAUUUUAAAUUUGCUAAAAGCCUGGAAACUUUGUUUACAAACUAUGAAAGUGCGCUGAAGUUAAUCUAAAUUUCUGAAAAUUUUGUAGUAUAAUUGCUUAAAAAUCCCUAACACAUGCCAAUUUUGCAAAAACUUUAAAAAUUUUGCUAAACUUCAAAUUAGCCAAAAAAAA